AUGGCAGAAUUUUCUUCUUCAGAUCAAUUCACUCUUCCUCCCUCAGCGACAGCUGUAGCUGCUGCGCCUGUUGCAGCAGCAGCAGCAGCAGCAGAAGCUGCUGCAGAAGCUGCUGCUGCUGACGACGAGUAUAGGCCCAGCCUUCACGAGGCGACGCAGCCAACUUCCCUUAACAAAUCAGACCACAGUCCUGAUAGGACGGGAAGCGUGGGAGGAAGCAGAAGCAGCAGCAGCAACAGCAGCAGAAGCAGCAGCAGAAGCAGCAGCGGAAGCAGCAGCAGAAGCAACAACAGGAUGAAUUUUAGCGGCAGCGGCAGCAGCAGCGUGGAGGGGCAGCUGCUACGUCAUCUGUUCGGACCGCUGCAACAGCAGCAGCAGCAGCAACAGCAGCAGCAGCAGGGUACAGCAGCAGAUUCUUCUUCUUUCUUCUCUUCUGGCUAUGUCUCUUCCUCAGAAAGCAGACUGGGCUCAAACCCCUUGGGGGCCCCCUCUGAAGGGGACGGCAGCAGCAGCAGCGACAACAGCAGCAACAGCUGCAGCAGAGGACCCUCAACAGAGGCCCCUGAUGGGGCCCCUGCUGCACUCACCAGCACGAGAGGCAGCAGACGCCGCAGCUUUAGGCGGCUUCGGUCCCGGCGGCAGCGGCCGCUCGGAGAACAGCAGCAGCAGCAGCAGCAGCAGCAAUGGAACAGCAGCAGCAGCAACUGCAGCAGAAGCAGCAGGGGAUCGAGGACGUCUUCAGUGGAUGCCUUGGAGAGGACAGACCCCAUGACCAGCAGCAGCAGCAGCAGCAGCAGCAGCCGGCGCAGCAGCGUAUGCAGCAGCAUCGGCAGCAGCGGCAGGAGCAGCAGCAGGAGCAGCAGCAGCAGCAGCAGAAUGGUUGACACCGACGGUGUUUCCUCAUCUGGAGAGGAGGACAACCGUAGAGAAGAAAGUGCUGCUGCAGCAGAAACAGCCAGCAGCAGCAGAAACGUAAUUCAUGUUCAACUUUACCUGGAGAUUAUUUUUUAG